ACACACACACACACACACACAGAGCUGCUUUCUGUCUGGGAGUCCUGGAACAACAACUCGGAUGGGAUUCUGAGCUGGGAGGAACAGGAGAAGGAGCAAAGGUGGAGGCUGGUUCCCCUCUCAGGUCCCGGCUGUGUGGGCUUCCCCGCCACUGUCCCGGGGACCGGAGGCAUGGAGCUGAGCUGACCACGGGAGCCGAGCUCGGGACUGAGGGAGACUUAAAGCCCAGAGAGGACGUGUGAGUUGCCUAAGUUCAUACAGCAAGUUAGAGACUCCGCUCCAUUGCUUAUUGUAUUGGCUCACCAGCCUGCCCUCUCCCAGCUCCGCGGCCUCCCGGUCCAUCACGUCGCCAUGGACAGAAAAGUGGCAGUCCCCGAGGACGGGCCUCCCGUGGUUUCCUGGCUCCCUGAGGAGGGAGAGAAGUUGGAACAGGAAGGCGAGGAGCAGGUGAAGGAUCGGGGCCAAUGGACCAACAAGAUGGAGUUUGUGCUGUCAGUGGCCGGGGAGAUCAUUGGGCUGGGGAAUGUCUGGAGGUUUCCCUAUCUCUGCUACAAAAAUGGAGGUGGAGCCUUCUUCAUCCCCUACUUCAUCUUCUUCUUCACCUGUGGCAUCCCAGUGUUCUUCUUGGAGGUGGCGCUGGGCCAGUACACCAGCCAAGGCAGCGUGACAGCCUGGAGGAAGAUCUGUCCCCUUCUCCAGGGCAUUGGUCUGGCUUCUGUGGUCAUCGAGUCCUAUCUGAACAUCUACUACAUCAUCAUCCUGGCCUGGGCCCUCUUCUACCUGUUCAGCUCCUUCACCUCUGAGCUGCCCUGGACGACCUGUAGCAAUAGCUGGAACACAGAGCAUUGCAUGGACUUUCUGAACCGCUCGGGAGCCCGCACAGCGACCCCCUCUGAGAACUUCACCUCACCUGUCAUGGAAUUCUGGGAGAGACGUGUUUUGGGCAUCACCUCAGGCAUCCAUGAUCUGGGAGCCCUGCGCUGGGAGCUGGCCCUGUGCCUCCUGCUGGCAUGGGUCAUCUGCUACUUCUGCAUCUGGAAAGGGGUCAAGACCACAGGCAAGGUUGUUUAUUUCACAGCCACGUUUCCCUACCUGAUGCUGAUCAUCCUCUUGAUCCGAGGCAUCACCCUUCCUGGAGCCUAUGAGGGCAUCAUCUAUUACCUGAAGCCAGAUUUGCUUCGCCUCAAGGACCCCCAGGUGUGGAUGGACGCGGGCACCCAGAUCUUCUUCUCCUUCGCCAUCUGCCAGGGGUGCCUGACCGCCCUGGGCAGCUACAACAAGUACCACAACAACUGCUACAGGGACUGCAUCGCCCUCUGCUUCCUCAACAGUGCCACUAGCUUCGCAGCCGGGUUCGUGGUCUUCUCCAUCCUGGGCUUCAUGGCCCAGGAGCAAGGGUUGCCCAUCUCCGAAGUGGCCGAGUCUGGUCCUGGUCUGGCCUUCAUCGCCUUCCCCAAGGCUGUGACAAUGAUGCCCUUAUCCCAGCUGUGGUCCUGUCUUUUCUUCAUCAUGCUCAUCUUCCUAGGGCUGGACAGCCAGUUUGUCUGUGUGGAGUGCCUGGUGACAGCCUCCGUGGACAUGUUCCCCAGUCAGCUCCGGAAGAGUGGGCGGCGAGAGCUCCUCAUCCUGGCCAUUGCAGUCGUGUGCUAUCUGAUCGGGCUCUUCCUGGUUACGGAGGGCGGGAUGUAUAUCUUCCAGCUAUUUGAUUAUUACGCUUCCAGUGGCAUAUGCCUGCUCUUCCUGGCCAUGUUUGAAGUGCUCUGCAUCAGCUGGGUGUACGGGGCAGAUCGUUUCUAUGACAACGUUGAGGACAUGAUUGGCUACAGGCCAUGGCCCUUGGUGAAGAUCUCCUGGCUCUUUCUGACCCCUGGACUUUGCCUGGCCACCUUCCUCUUCUCCUUGAGCAAGUACACACCUCUCAAAUACAACAACAUCUACGUGUACCCUCCCUGGGGCUACUCCAUCGGCUGGUUCUUGGCUCUCUCUUCCAUGGUCUGCGUCCCACUCUUUAUCAUCAUCACCCUUCUGAAGACCCAGGGUUCCUUCAAGAAGCGCCUGCGACAGCUCACCACCCCUGACCCCAGCCUGCCACAGCCCAAGAAACACCUGGAUGGUGGUACCAGCCAGGACGGCGGGCCUUCCCCAGCAAGGGAGGGGCUGAUAGUUGGGGAGAAGGAGACCCACUUGUAGGAUGUGGGCAGCAGCCGGGUGGCUAUGGGGCCAGGAACCUCUGUCAGGGCCACCACAGUGGACAGCCUUCGCCUCUGUCCCUCACCGCUGUCUGGCUGGGAACCUCUGUGAUGUCCGUGGGCGCCCCCAGCCAGAGGCCAGGCCGCUCUCUCUCCUCAGCUGGGGCAGCUCCUUCUGGAGGGCGAGAGGUGGUCCCGCUGCAACACGCCAUCCUGUUGGAACAUACCUUCUUAUUUAUAAAGGAGGGUGGUCUUUUUUGAGUCCACCAUCUGAUUCUAACACAUUACGCUGUGUGGGAGCUCCCACUGUAGGG